AUGGUAAACUACGAGACAACAGUAUCCGUAGUGCUUGAAAAGGCGCAGGUGGUAGAGCUGCCCUCAUUCACUAUAUGCACAAAUAUAAGCUACGCGGUCGACGCCGACUAUUUACGGCACCGGUACCCAAACGACACGGCACUGGCAAACAUAACCGACACCGAGCAAAACAAAUGGCUAUUCAAACCAUACCUCUAUAACCUAACACUGGAGGAGCAGCUGUUGAACGGCACGAUCGGCGCCAACCGGUUCUUCAACACAUGCGGAGUCCUGAAACCCCGGGCCGUGUUGUCAUCGGCCGAGUAUUAUAUCGAGUGCGCGUGGAUAUCACCGGUGGUCGAGUCAAUUAACGCGGAAUAUAAAUGUUUCACCAUGUUCAGUCAAAACGUAAGCCAAUUGGCGGACAACGAUCGGUACCGCGUGGACCACGACGUGAUGUUUAGGGACAACGCUUUUCCCCUGACGUGGUUCGGAAUGAACGUCAAGUACUCACAGGAUUUGGACAUUUAUAUGCACGACCGACGGGAG